CGGCGCGGCGCCAUGGAAGAGGACGAGUUGGAGCUGGCGGCCGGGCUGGAGGCGGCGCUGGAGUUGGCUCCUGCCGUGCAGGCCGCCAUCGAGCAGGUAUUUCCCAGCCAAGACCCCCUGGACAGAGCAGAUUUCAAUGCUGUGGAGUAUAUUAACACUCUCUUUCCCACUGAGCAAUCUUUGGCAAACAUCGAUGAAGUUGUCAACAAAAUCAGAUUGAAAAUAAGGAAGUUGGAUGACAGCAUUCGAACUGUAGUGAGAGGACAGACCAACGUGGGUCAGGAUGGCAGGCAGGCCCUGGAAGAAGCCCAGAAAGCCAUUCAGCAACUCUUUGGUAAAAUUAAGGAUAUUAAAGACAAGGCUGAAAAAUCAGAACAAAUGGUUAAAGAAAUCACAAGGGACAUCAAGCAGCUGGAUCAUGCCAAGCGCCAUCUGACCACCUCCAUCACCACCCUCAACCACCUGCACAUGCUGGCAGGGGGAGUGGACUCACUGGAGGCUAUGACCAGAAGGAGACAAUACGGGGAAGUUGCCAACCUUCUACAAGGCGUUGUGAAUGUGUUGGAGCACUUCAACAAAUACAUGGGGAUUCCUCAGAUUCGACAGCUUUCUGAAAGGGUGAAGGCAGCACAGAAUGAAUUAGGACAGCAGAUCCUGGCUGACUUUGAGGAAGCCUUUCCUUCCCAAGGUACAAAGAGACCUGGUGGACCCAGCAAUGUCCUGCGUGAUGCGUGUCUCGUCGCCAAUGUCCUGGAUCCCAGAAUCAAGCAGGAAAUCAUCAAGAAAUUUAUUAAACAACACCUCUCAGAGUAUCUGGUCCUUUUCCAGGAAAAUCAAGAUGUCGCCUGGCUGGAUAAGAUCGACAGGCGCUACGCGUGGAUCAAACGUCAGCUGGUGGACUAUGAGGAGAAGUACGGGCGCAUGUUCCCCCAGGAGUGGUGCAUGACGGAGCGCAUCGCUGUGGAGUUCUGCCACGUCACCAGGACAGAGCUUGCCAAGAUAAUGCGUACAAGAGCAAAGGAAAUUGAAGUGAAAUUGCUUCUGUUUGCAAUCCAGAGGACAACCAACUUUGAAGGACUUCUGGCUAAGCGCUUUUCAGGCUGCACUCUGGCUGAUGGCACAGUGAAGAAGCCAGAAGCACCUCCUCCUUCCACCAACCCAUUUCUAGAGGAUGAAACUGGGGCAGAGACGGAUGAGAUUGUAAUUGAAAAAAGUGAUACAGACAAACCAAAGAAGCCGAAAGUCCCGGACAAUCCUUUCCAUGGCAUUGUUUCCAAGUGCUUCGAGCCUCACCUUUAUGUGUAUAUCGAGUCCCAAGACAAGAAUCUCAGCGAGCUGAUCGACAGGUUUGUGGCUGACUUCAAGGCCCAAGGGCCUCCCAAGCCCAACGUGGAUGAAGGAGGAGCCGUCCUGCCCAGCUGUGCUGACCUCUUUGUGUACUAUAAGAAGUGCAUGGUGCAGUGCUCCCAGCUCAGCACAGGUGAACCCAUGAUAGCCCUGACCACCAUCUUCCAGAAGUACCUUCGGGAGUACGCCUGGAAAAUCCUGUCUGGCAACCUGCCCAAGACAACGAGCAGCAGCGGCGGGCUCACCAUCACUAGUUUGCUGAAAGAAAAGGAAGGCUCUGAAGUAGCCAAGUUUACUUUAGAAGAGCUCUGCCUCAUUUGCAGUAUCCUUAGUACUGCAGAGUACUGCUUGGCAACGACUCAGCAGUUGGAAGAGAAACUCAAAGAAAAAGUGGAUGCAAGUCUGGUGGAGAGAAUCAACCUAACAGGAGAGACGGACACCUUCAGCAUUGUGAUUUCCAACAGCAUACAGCUGCUAGUGCAGGACUUGGACGCAGCCUGUGACCCUGCCCUGACUGCUAUGAGCAAGAUGCAGUGGCAAAACGUGGAACAUGUUGGUGACCAGAGUCCUUAUGUCACCUCAGUGAUUCUCCACAUCAAGCAGAACGUCCCCAUCAUCCGUGACAACCUGGCAUCCACCAGAAAGUAUUUCACUCAGUUCUGUAUAAAGUUUGCAAACUCUUUCAUUCCCAAGUUCAUCAACCACCUCUUUAAGUGCAAGCCUAUCAGCAUGGUGGGAGCAGAACAGCUGCUGCUGGACACUCACUCUCUGAAGAUGGUCCUCCUGGAUCUGCCCUCCAUCGGGUCCCAAGUGGUGAGAAAGGCUCCUGCCAGCUACACGAGGAUAGUGGUGAAAGGCAUGACGCGGGCUGAAAUGAUCCUGAAGGUGGUUAUGGCCCCGCAUGAGCCCCCAGUUGUGUUUGUUGACAACUACAUCAAGCUUCUUGCUGACUGCAGCACGGACACUUUCCAGAAGAUACUGGACAUGAAGGGCCUGAAGAGGAGUGAGCAGAGCAGCAUGCUGGAGCUUUUCCGCCAGCGCCUCCCAGCACCUCCUUCUGGGGUGGAGAACAGCAGCUCACUCUCACUGAGCACCCCAACCCCUGAGCAGGAAUCCUCCCGGAUACGGAAACUGGAGAAACUCAUCAAAAAAAGACUCUGAGCAAAAGGAACCUGUUGCUCAGGACUAGCUGCAGGCACUGGGAGAGCACAGCUCUUGGGAGUUAAUAUUUACAGAAUGCUGCUGGAAGAUCCGUGUCCCAUCGCUCUCAUGCCCUGUGAUCUGUUGCCCAUCAUGUGCUGUGGCACUGCUGCUCCAUUCAGACCAAGGGAGAAUCUGACCACGGUGUUUGCCCUUAGAUAGCUUAGCAUGGUUGAAACCCAGGACACCGUGGUGGAGAAAACAGAGGCACCUUGAAGUCAGCAGCUACAAAAGGGGUUUAGGUGCACAGAGCAUCUGGCUAUGAUGUGCUUGUCCCAGCUACCAGCCCAGUGAGGCUCUCCUGCUGCAUCACUAUGGAUUUUGCCUGAGAACUUGGUGUUACUGCUUGCUCCCUGCUGCAGAGCUGCUCCUCUGUUUCGUUAUUUAUUUGGGGAUUGGGAGGGACAGAAAGAAACAAAACAAUGAUGAUGAUAAUAAUAAUCUUUAACAACUUUCAGGCAUCUGAAAGCUCGACUGCAAUUGUUGGAAAGGCCCAGGACAGAGCCAUGAUGCCAGCACCAAGUAGGAUCUGUUGGGGUGUCAGCAUCCCUGCCCUGCCUGUGCUGUGUCCCAGAGGAGGCUCAGUGCAGGCACUCAUCACCUCCUCUCUACCAAUGCUGGAUUUCUUCCUGAACUCCUCUGUGCCCUUCUCCUGGGACUCUGAAACUGUGUGCCCACUCAGUAAAUAAUUGAAUCCCACGUGGACUUUGGGGCCAAUAGACCAGCUGUGCCUGCUUUAUGUUAACUCAAGCUUCACAGGUAUUUGCAGGAAAAAUGUCAUGUAACAGUCCUGCAGGUGAGGAGUGAAUGCACUGUCAGAUGCCUUCCAGGUGGGGUCCCAACUUCAUUGAAUUUGGGUCUUGUGACUUUAAUUUGUAGGGGACUGGUCCCUAUGGAUGUGUCACUGUGGACAUCAGCACUCAUUGCUGCACAGCUGGGAGGGAGGAGCCAGGCAGACUGCAGGAAUAUGAGCUCUGUCCACCCAGCCCCUAAGAUUCACUGCAGGGGGAAAGUGAGAAGCUCCCAGCAUAGCUGCGAUUCCCUGCAGGGGCUGUAUUUUUGGGGCAUGGGCUGCACCCUUUCCUUCUGCCCAUUUGAUGACAGUGGGAAGGCAGGAUGUGUGCCCAGCGUAGUAAAACCCUGUACUCCUUCUGCACAGCCAGCAAAUCAGCCUGCUCCAAGCAGUCAGGAGAUGGUCACAGGAUUCGAGCAGAACAAACCCACAGAGAGGAGAUCCUUACUAGGCAGGUGUCUCCUAACAGCUCCAUACGCCCUAGCCCUGCAGUGAGGUGCAUGUCAACAGGUGAGGUAACACUGUCUCUUUUGGCUGUGUUUUUGGGGUCACCGGGCCAGGAUCCUGCAGUGGGAGGUAGCAACAAGGAGAGACAGCAUUACAGAUCUCCCCAAACCCAUUUAUUCACUUAUUUCUUCUCCUAAUUUCACAUCGGGUGACAAAAGAAGGGUAUUGGAAAGCUCAUUGGGAUUGUGAGCAGCCCUUCUUAAAGGACACAUUAUCUCAAGUCACAACGUGAAUUAUUGUUGUUGGAUGCAGUGGUUGGGGUGGGGGGAACGUGGUGCUGCAGAGAUUCAUUAUUCCCAGAGGGGGGAAAUAAUUUAUUUGAGAUAAAUUUUCGCUAUGUCUGUGGAUGACUCUCUCACUGAAUUAUGAAUAGCUAAAGAUGAUGUUCAAGUUAUCAUCAUGUGUCUUUCCCUGAAGGCUUCUCCUGUUUCAUUCUCUGUGUUUCAUUCUGGAAAUAAGAGGAAAUAAAAGGAGAAAUGGA